CAACCUGUGACAGUUUAUGAGCACUGACUAUUUUGUUUGUUGGUACUUUCACUGAAGAGUACUAAAGAAUGAUUUUUUCCUCCUAAGAUGGAUGGUGACAGCUCCACAACAGACGCUUCUCAGCUGGGGAUCUCUGCAGGUUACAUUGAAGGAAGUCACUAUGUUAUACAGCCGCACGACGAUACUGAGGACAGCAUGAAUGAUCACGAAGACACAAAUGGUUCAAAAGAAAGUUUCAGAGAACAAGAUAUAUAUCUCCCAAUUGCAAAUGUGGCUAGGAUAAUGAAAAAUGCCAUACCUCAAACGGGAAAGAUCGCAAAAGAUGCCAAAGAAUGUGUUCAAGAAUGUGUGAGUGAGUUCAUCAGCUUUAUAACAUCCGAGGCAAGUGAAAGAUGCCACCAAGAGAAACGGAAAACAAUCAAUGGAGAAGAUAUUCUCUUUGCCAUGUCUACUUUGGGCUUCGAUAGUUAUGUGGAGCCUCUGAAAUUAUACCUUCAGAAAUUCAGAGAGGCCAUGAAAGGAGAGAAGGGCAUCGGUGGAGCAGUCACAGCUACAGAUGGACUUGGUGAAGAGCUGACAGAGGAGGCAUUUACUAACCAGUUACCAGCUGGCUUAAUAACCACAGAUGGUCAACAACAAAAUGUUAUGGUUUAUACAACAUCAUAUCAACAGGUACAAUUUCUGGUGUUCAGCAAAUUCAGUUUUCAUGAUCUGAAGAAAUGAUGGAAUGGGGAGCGUGGAGAGGCGAGAGUGUAUGAUUCUGGAACAGAGACAUCUAGGAAAAUGACUGGUGAAAAGAUGUCUCUUUGUACGUUAUUAGCUGUAAUGUAGCUUCCUGAUGCUUGGCUAAUUGAGGUGUUAAUUCUGACUUGAGAAUCUUUUUCAUGAAUGGUUUUAAAGAAAAAUUUGGAUUUUAGAGGUAUUAAAAAUAUUUUUGUUUUGUACAAGAGUUUGUUGCUCUGUAUGACUCCUGUAUGCAUUGUAUAUUGCAAUUUAUUACUGUCAGAGAUUUGUAGACAGUUUCUUAUUUUCAUAUUGAAUCAUGUUACUUUUGUAAUUCAAGUAAGCAGCUGGGUUAAUUCAUGAUGUUUGCCCUUUUAAUAAAAUAUAAGGGGUAGUGUUCAUUUUGAAUGCAAGUUGCCUUUAUUAUAAAUUUGAGUUUGUCUUGGUUAUGUAUCUUGCAUGAUAACCUAGCUAGAUUUUUAGCAUUUGCCAUAUUUAUUAAAAAAAUUUUUUUGGUAAAACAUUCAUAGCUUAAGCAGCACCAUUAAAAAAAAAAAUGUAGUUGAGUAAGUGUGAAUGCAGAAGCAAAUAUUGUCUGCCCUAUUAAACUUGGUGCCCAUUAACAGUGUUUACACUGUUCAUUGUGCCUGUUACUGUAGUUUUAGUUACUGGAGCUUUUGUUAAGACUAGAUUUGUUUUUGAGUUACGUUAUUGCGAGUGUUGGAAUUCACUUAAGUUUAAUUUAGUCCUAGCGCUUUUGAGAUGGUGCCCCUUUUAUUUGUACAGGAUUUUUUCAAAGCAUAUUUUCAAGUACUAUCGUGUCCUCUUUCAGAAGAGGAGUCUUAUAGUCUGAUGUAAAUGUCCUCAUUUUACCUUUCUAAUUGAAACGUUACGUUUCCUAUUAAACAUGGGAACUAAGAAGCAUCAGACAUCAUUGUGUGCACAGAUCCUCUGCACAGUGAGUGAAUGGAACAGAGAAGAGUGAGUGCUGUGAGCAGUGGGAAACUGAAGCCGCGGACUUCCAGUGUGCUGUCUUGACCUUUGCAAUAAACUACACUGAGAUAUGUAACUUUGUAUAAUUUAGUAGUAUGUACUUGGAUUGUUUCUCUUUUAAAAAGUGAAGACUUCUAUUUUCUCAUCUAUUCUCUUUGGUGUUAAUUAACCUGAGGGUUUUUUUUUAAGUUUUAAUAUCAAAAAUUGCUGUUGUACAGUUUGCCUAAAAGGACGUUUGAGUGAAUAUCAUCUUUGAAGGACACUCGGAUUUAUAAGGUAAAAGCAGUUUCCCAGGGACAGGCUGAGCAGAAACAUGUACUUUGCCAGAAGGAGGCUUUGGGGGGCGUUCUUGGCCAAGUUGAGGUUAAUAACUCCCUCACCUCCUAGGCCCCAUUUAAAAAAUAAUGUUCAUUAUAGAAAAUUCAAAUUGGGAGAAAGGAGGGGCGUAGUUAAGCAAAUCAACAAUCAUCCUACUAUGUUGAAAUGACCAGUGUUAAUAUUUUGAUAAAUAUCAUUUGUCCUUUUACUUUGCUAAAUAUGUAUAUUUUUAUAAAAAAUGGGCUCAUAUUGUGCAUACUGUUUUGUAACCUGCUUUUUUCACUUAACAAUAUACUGUGAAUAUCUUUUCCAGGUCACGCAUAGUCUUCUGCAUCAUUUUUAUUGGUUUGUUAUUCUGUUGUAUGACUGAAUCUUAACUUAUUUAAUCCUCUAUUGGACAUUUUGACUAUUUACAUCUUUUCACAGUUAUAAACAACACUUCACAGAAUCUUGUGUACAUCCAUGACUCUUUUCUUACAUUCUUAGGAGAAUUGCUGGAUUGCCAGAUAUGCAAAAUUUUAAGGCUUCUGAUACUUACAUAUGGUGUAUUUUUGAAACAUCUUCCACUUGAUCCAGGCAGUAUGUCACUAUAUAACUGAUAAAAGCCUUGAUCUUUGGUUAUCAGAUUCUUUCUCUAGAAUUAGUUUAAAGAUUAGGUUAUGUUUGAAUAAAGAAUCAAGAUAAAAAAGGAACUUGACAGUUUUAAAAUUUAAAUCAGUAUAUACUAAAACAAAUUUCUGAACUUAAUAAUUUGCUACUGGUGCUAAAACUUGACUCUUAGGUAAAGUGAGGUCACCUUCGGGCAAUUUGGGCUUCCUCUCACGGGAAAGAAGAUGGACCUUCCCUAUGUGUCAGGCGCAUGACGUCCUGGUGUUGGUGUCUUCGUUGGCCCUUAGUGCAUGUAAUGUCACAUUUCUCCCUUGGAACUUCUUAAGCAUGCAUGCUUUUCUGUUCACCUAAAGGUGUAUUUUAGAAUUUUGUAAAUACUGUUUCUAUGAGUAUCUAAGAGAAAAGUGGGUUUCAGUGAGUACGUUCCAGGUAGAAGAAGGUACUUGGGUAGCUUCUGUCUGUCCCCUUCAGUACUCAUUAUAAUGGAGAUGCUUGAGUAUAUUUUUAAAUGCUGCCUUCCUAAAGUCAUAUCCUUCAAUGUGAUGGUGUUUGAAGCUAUCUGUAUUUCUUUUCCUCCCAUAGUGUACUAUCUGUGCAGUGUUUUCCUUUUCUCAAAGACAUGUGCCUGUUUUCUGGAUUGCCUUGGUGGGCUAAAUUAGGAAUACCAGUUACCUUUACAAAUUCUAAUUGAAUAUAGGUAUGAGGACCCAACUAAAAGGAUUUCUACAGCAAUAGCAAUGAGGCAUGUAAAGUGAACAAAAUAGCUGCUACCAUUUGCCAAGAAUGAAAUCUUGCACUGCAAGGUUUUAAAAUAUAUAUGUAUUUCUCUUAAGGAAAGUGGUUAGAUUGUAUCAGCAGUCCAAAAUAAGACAAUGUUUGUUGCUUUCUGUGAUAAAAUACACUAAGUCAUUCAAAUAAGUGAUACUGGGUAAGGUCUAUACCAGCAGUCCCCAACCUUUUUGGCAUCUGGGGCCGGUUUCGUGGAAGACAAUUUUCCAUGGAUGGGGUGGCGGGAGUGGUGGUUUCAGGAUGAUUCAAGUGCGUAGCAUUGAUUGUGCACUGCAUUUCUAUUAUGACUACAUUGUAAUAUAUAUUGAAAUAAUUUUACAACUCAUUUAAAAAAGGAGGUGUGGAUGGAAAUGGUAAAUAAUGGGUGGGGCCGUGCGUGAACGAAAAUAAAUGUCAGGUUCUGAUUUAAAGCCUGCCGCC